UAAGACUAGGUCUAAAUGAGUGUGUGGGGUUUAGAUGCCUGGUGGUACCUAACUGCUCCUUCCCUUUCUAUCCAGCACUACCAUUUUCCUGUCCCUCAGGUUUGGAGCAAGCCCCUGAAUGAACUUUAUGUAUCUCUGCUGGAUGCAGGUGCCCAGCCUGGUUUCUGUGAUGAUUUACCUUAUAGAAAGCAGUUACCCUCAUGUGCCAAGUUCUUGAGAAUCCUGAAACUUGACAUAGGUAAAAGUAACAGGGUUGAAGUAAAUAAUAAGGUACGGGCUCUUCUUUUUCAGAGCUGUGGAAGUGCUAGCUCAGUGACAGUGCCAGAAACUCUGUUGUUUGUUUCAACUCUUGAUGGAAGUUUGCAUGCUGUCAGCAAGAGGACAGGGGCAAUCAAGUGGACUUUAAAAGAAGAUCCUGUGCUCCAAGUGCCAGUACACGUGGAAGAGCCGGCAUUUCUUCCAGACCCGAACGAUGGCAGUUUGUAUACCCUUGGUGGCAAGAAUAACGAAGGCUUGACUAAACUUCCAUUCACCAUCCCUGAGCUGGUGCAGGCAUCACCUUGUCGCAGUUCAGAUGGGAUCCUAUACAUGGGUAAGAAGCAAGAUAUCUGGUAUGUGAUAGACCUCCUGACUGGAGAGAAACAGCAAACCUUAACUUCUUCAUUUGCAGAAAGCAUUUGUCCAUCUACAUCUCUCCUGUAUCUUGGGCGAACAGAGUACACAAUCACCAUGUACGACACCAAAAACAAGGAGCUCCGGUGGAACGCCACCUACUUUGAUUAUGCAGCCACUCUGCCUGAUGAAGACGUGAAAUACAAAAUGUCCCACUUUGUGUCCAAUGGAGAUGGACUGGUAGUGACCGUGGACAGCGAGUCUGGGGAUGUACUGUGGAUUCAGAAUUAUGCUUCCCCUGUGGUAGCUUUUUACAUCUGGCAGCGUGAAGGUCUACGGAAAAUCAUGCACACAAAUGUGGGGAUAGAAACCCUUCGUUACCUGACAUUCAUGUCUGGGGAGGUUGGACGCAUCACUAAGUGGAAGUAUCCUUUCCCAAAGGAGACAGAGACCAAGAGCAAGUUGAUGCCAACACUCUAUGUUGGGAAGUACUCAACCAGCUUGUAUGCAUCCCCAUCAAUGGUACAUGAAGGAGUGACUAUUGUGCCUCGUGGCAGUGCCAUACCUCUUCUAGAGAGUCCCAAAACAGAAGGGGUCACUAUUGAAGACAAUGGAGAAUGUGUUAUCACUCCCAGUACAGAUCUCAAGUUUUCAGCAGGAUUGAAAGAAAAGAACAAACUCAACUACUGGAGGAACCACUGGCUCUUAAUAGGGCACCAUGAAACACCAUUAUCUGCCCCGACAAAGAUCCUGGAGAAAUUUCCAAGCAAUUUACCAAAACGGCAUGAAAAUGUGAUCCCAGCUGACUCUGAUAAAGCCACUUUUGAGAAGGUUCUUGGUGUAGUUGAGAGUUCCACAACAGAAUUGCCUCCUACCAUGCUAAAAGACGUUGAAGAAAAGCCCAGUCGGCCUGUACCUCGGCCAGAAGCUCCAGUAGAUUCCAUGCUGAAAGAUGUCGCCACAAUCAUUCUGAGCACUUUUUUGCUGAUCAGCUGGGUAGCCUUCGUCAUCACGUAUCCAAAGAGUGUACAUCAGCGGCAACAGCAACAACACCAGCAGUUCCAGAAGCAACUGGAGAAGAUCCAGCUGUUGCAACAACAGCAGCUGCCCUUCAGUGUUCCCGCUGAUCUCCCACCAGAGACAGACUUUCUGGACAACACCUGUGCACAGACUGAGAGUUCAGCCACCAGCACACCAAAUAUGUCUCCCAGAGCAUCAAGCCACUCCGUAUAUUCCAACGCAUCUGCAUCCGAUGUUGGCAGUGCUCUCUCCACCGAGCAAGAAGGAGAUGAAGAUACAAGCACAGUAAUGGUUGGGAAAAUUUCCUUCAACCCAAAAGAUGUCCUGGGGCAUGGAGCUGAGGGAACGAUUGUUUACAGGGGGACGUUUGACAACAGAGAUGUUGCAGUGAAGAGAAUCCUUCCUGAAUGCUUCAGCUUUGCUGACCGUGAGGUGGAACUGCUACGCGAGUCAGAUGAGCACCCCAACGUGAUCCGCUACUUCUGCACAGAGAAGGACCGGCAGUUCCAGUACAUUGCUAUCGAGCUCUGCGCUGCCACCCUGCAGGAGUAUGUGGAGCAGAAAACCUUCAGCCACCUUGGCUUAGAGCCUAUCACCCUGCUGCAGCAGACAACAUCUGGCCUGGCCUAUCUGCACUCUCUCAGUAUUGUCCACAGAGACCUGAAACCCCACAAUAUCCUCAUUUCAAUGCCCAAUGCCCAUGGGAAGAUCAAAGCCAUGAUUUCAGACUUUGGCCUGUGUAAGAAGCUGGUGGUGGGCAGGCACAGCUUUAGCCGUCGGUCUGGAGUGCCAGGCACGGAAGGCUGGAUUGCACCAGAGAUGCUGAGCGAAGACUGCAAAGAAAACCCUACGUACACAGUGGACAUCUUUUCAGCUGGCUGUGUCUUUUAUUACGUCAUAUCUGAAGGCAACCACCCCUUUGGCAAAUCCCUGCAGCGGCAAGCCAACAUUUUGCUGGGUGUUUACAGUCUGGACUCCUUCAGCCCAGAGAAGCAUGAAGACUUGGUUGCUCAUGACUUAAUCGAGCAGAUGAUUAACAUGGAUCCUCAGAAACGUCCCUCGGCUAGUUGUGUGCUGAAGCACCCACUCUUCUGGAGUCUGGAAAAACAGCUCCAGUUUUUCCAGGAUGUAAGUGACCGAAUAGAAAAAGAAUCCUUAGAUGGUCCAGUAGUCAAGCAAUUAGAAAGAAGAGGGAGAGAGGUGGUGAAAAUGGACUGGAGAGAGCACAUCACGGUUCCCCUUCAGACAGAUCUUCGAAAAUUUAGAUCUUACAAAGGGGGAUCAGUGCGGGAUCUUCUGCGGGCAAUGAGAAAUAAGAAACACCACUACAGAGAGCUUCCCACAGAGGUGCAGGAGACGCUGGGCACCAUCCCAGAUGACUUUGUACGCUAUUUUACAUCCCGUUUCCCUCGCCUGCUCUUACACACUUACCAUGCUAUGCAAAUCUGCAGCCAGGAAAGACUGUUUCAGCCUUACUAUGUUCAGGACUCUGUAGGUCAGGGACUGCUGGGAGAUGCUGUUUGAGAAGGUGGGGACAGAGCUCCCUUCUCCGUGACCAACAUUCCAAACAGGCUGUAAAAUGGGCCCGUCUCUAAGCAGAGACUCAUGGGAUCAAAGAGCAAAAUGUCUCCCUGAGGAACCCAUACGCCCAGAAAGUGCCUUGUACUCUGCACACACUGCAUCAGGAAGAGAACAGGAGGAGCCCAAGGAGUGAGUGGUACCUUCAGAAGAGCAGGGCCCCGCAGCAGAGGAGCCGUCUCACGGCAGCUUUUGAAAAAGCAGGACAGACUGCAAAUGGCCAGAUGGAAACAUCGUUCUACUGCUGAACAUCCCUGCACUGUAUUUUAUUCCAUUCAUGCCUUUUACUGCACACAGCCAGACCACAGCAAUCCAAACCAUGCGAUGACUAUGCACUAGGAGGAGGAAAAGGAGCUGUUUAGUUGUAGCAAACCUGCCAUUGCACUACUGCUGCCUUGUGCGUUAGAAGCAGCAUCUUAGAUUCAGUGAAGUGAUUGUAAAGGGAAUCAUCUACCAAAAUCCAAAACCAGUAAAGAGAAUGUAACUUCUGCUUAAUCAGUGCAACUCUCACA